AUGGACUACCGGUAUACAGUACAGUUUCGGGCAAUGUCAGCAGAUGCCAAGAAGACUUAUUCCAGGGAUAAACCGCAUAUUAAUAUUGGCACCAUUGGCCAUGUCGAUCAUGGCAAAACCUCCUUAACGGCAGCAAUAACUAAAUUACUGCAAGAGCGUGGGCAGGCAAAGUAUAAGGCCUACGAUGAAAUCGAUAAUGCACCUGAGGAAAAAGCACGUGGAAUUACUAUUAAAACGGCAAACGUAGAAUAUGAAACCGAUCAAAGGCAUUAUGGACAUAUUGAUUGCCCUGGUCAUGCCGAUUACAUAAAGAAUAUGAUAACUGGGGCUGCUCGUAUGGAUGGAGCUAUCUUAGUUGUUGCAGCAACUGAUGGUGCUAUGCCGCAAACUAAAGAACAUGUUUUGUUGGCGAAACAGAUUGGUGUCAAACAUAUGGUAGUUUAUGUUAAUAAGGCAGAUACAAUUGACGAUAACGAAAUGCUUGAGCUAGUUGAAUUAGAAAUUAGAGAUUUACUCCAAGAACAUGGUUAUGAUGAGGACACUCCGGUUAUCAUCGGAUCGGCACUAUGCGCUCUAGAGAAUCGAAAUCCUGAGCUCGGUGUCAAGUCUGUCGAAAAAUUAAUGGAAGCUAUAGAUGCUCACAUACCUAUUCCUGAAAGAGAGUUAGAUAAACCAUUUUUACUACCAGUUGAAGGCGUGUUUAGUAUUCCAGGUCGAGGGACCGUUGUUACUGGCUGUUUAGAACGGGGAAUUAUUAAGAAAGGAAGUGAUGCAGAAUUUGUUGGCAAAAAAUCCAAUAUAAAAACAGUAAUUACAGGUAUUGAAAUGUUUCAUAAGAAUUUAGAUCAGGCUCAAGCUGGUGAUAAUAUGGGGGCACUAGUACGUGGUAUAAAGCGUGAAGACAUUAAGCGAGGAAUGGUGCUAUGUGCGGCCGAUACUGUCAAAUCUUAUACCAAGGCUAAAGCUCAGCUUUAUAUGCUAUCGACUGAGGAAGGUGGCCGCAAAACUCCGAUUGUUACAAACUACGCACCCGUUUUAUAUACUCGUACAGCUGAUGUAGCUGCAAGAGUUGAAUUACCAUCAGGCAAAGAGAUGUGUAUGCCAGGUGAAGACUGCGAAGUAACCUUUACACUUCAAUCUGAUUUACCUCUCGAAGAAAAGCAAAGAUUCACCUUGCGAGAUGGUCAUUCAACUGUUGGAACAGGCAUUAUUACACAAAUUCUGGGAUAAACUAUUGCCGGGAAUUAUUUCAUGCCGCCGAAGAAUACACUGCUAACAUAAUCUGUAUUCAAUAUAAACUGCAAAUCUGCAAUAAAGAUUGUAUUGGCAAUAUU